AUGAGGAGAUUAAUCGCUCAUUUUAUGGGGCAGCUCCGUGUGCCACUGGUUGCUGUAACAAAGGCGGUUAUUGUGGUGUUGGAGAUGACUAUUGUGGAGCGGAUUGUGUCGCCAACUGUGACUAUGAACCGGAGUGCUCUAUAUCGAAACCAUGUGCCAAAGGAUGCUGCAACAAAUUUGGAUUUUGCGGCUUGGGACCCGACUUCUGCGGAGACGACUGCGUUGCAAACUGCGAAAGAAAGUCUGAAUGUGAUCCUGGAGACUAUGGCGAUUAUGCGGCUGACCGAGGAAUUCUGCGGCAAGAAAAAGGUCAAACGUCCUUCUUGCUCAAAAUCCCAAGAUCUAAGGCGAGUGAUUGGAUACUAUGAAGGCUGGAGCCCCGAUCGCCCUUGCCAUGCUUUCUAUCCCGACCAGAUCCCUAUUGGUGUCUACACACAUCUCAACUAUGCUUUCGCUUCCAUUGACCCGGAGAGCUUUGAGGUGUUAGCUGCCAACGACUAUGAGAAAACUCUCAUGAAGAGAUUGACAAAUCUCAAAAAGUCCGACCCUGAUCUGAAGGUCUUCAUCGCUGUGGGCGGUUGGACCUUUAAUGAUCAAGGGCCUACUCGGACUGUCUUCUCCGAUAUCGCUCGCUCAGAGUCUAAUCAGAGGAAGUUUUUCAACUCAUUGAAGACAUUUAUGACUGAAUACGACUUCGAUGGCAUUGACCUUGAUUGGGAAUAUCCAGCUGCGGAUGACCGUGGUGGCCGGGAAGAGGACUUCAAAAACUUCCCCAAAUUUCUGUCCAACCUCAAGAAGGCAUUAAGCGAUAGCGGCAGAGACGGACUCAGUAUAACUCUACCUGCCUCAUACUGGUACCUCCAACACUUUGAUCUUGAAAACCUCUACAAACAUGUCGACUUUUUUAACAUCAUGUCGUAUGAUCUACAUGGGAAAUGGGAUCUAGGGAACGAUUGGCUUGAUCCCGUCCUGAACUCUCAUACCAAUUUGACUGAGAUCACCAACGCCCUCGAUCUCAUAUGGCGUAACAAUGUUCCGUCCGAUAAAGUUGUUCUCGGAUUGGCCUUUUACGCUCGGGUGUUCUCUGCUGCUGAUCCGUCCUGCAUGGUCCCCGGAUGCCCCUUUGUGUCUGGCGGAAAUCCAGGAAUAUGCAGUGACGAAGUUGGUAUCCUGUUGAACUCUGAGAUUUCGGAUAUUAUGGAUAAGCAACAAAUAUCUUCUAAGCUUGAUAAGGACGCCGCGGUGAAAACUCUCAAAUUUAACACCGAUCAGUGGCUCACCUAUGACAAUGGAGAUACCUUCAAAUUGAAGACAGAUUUCGCUCGAUCGGAGUGUCUUGGAGGUGUGAUGGUCUGGGCCGUAUCUCAUGAUCUACCGCAAGGAAACCUUUCUCGUAUUCUGGGUGAGACGGUUGGCAGAAAGGUCAAAUCCCUUCAGCUUGAUAUGGAUAAAGGCUCCUUAGAGGUUAAGAAGACCCAUCUACAGUGUAGGUGGUCUAACUGCUUCGAGGGCUGUCCGACGGGAUGGACUCCUGUUAGUCGCACUGAUCCUGGAGCUCGUACUGACGAGAAAAUGUGGGAUAAUACAGGAUGUGGUGGCGUUGGUCAACAUACAUUCUGUUGCCCUCCAGACUCUGAGCUACCUAAGUGCGGAUGGUAUACCCACAAUAAUGGAAAUUGUGACUCGCAAUGCCCAUCUGGUUACGUAGAGGUUGGAUCGAAUUUCAAAUAUUGCAGCAACAACAAGAAUGACUACCAAGCAGCAUGUUGCACCAAGGACACAGACAGCAUGAAGCUCUAUUCACAAUGCGACUGGGCAGGACAUGCUCCUGACUGCGACAAAGGCGAGUGUUCGAGCGGCCAGUCCCUCCUUGUCAGCUCCUCAACAGGUAGUGGUGGCAACUAUUGCCAUGCAACUAAAGUCAAAUACACUAUGAAUGGCAACGAGGGCACCGAAUGGCAGGAGCGCAAAUACUGCUGUGACGACGACACAGACAGUAAAUGGGAAGACUGCGAAUGGUACGAUGAUAUCGGCAUGGCAUCAGCUGAUGGUAUUGUUGAUGGAUACUGCCACAGUGGAUGCCCAAAUGAUCGCGUUCGUAUCGCUAUGGACCAGCAUGGAGGCGGUUGCAAAGGCGAUGGGGGCCGAGCAAGAUGCUGCUUGGCCAAAUACAUCACAAAACGCAAAAGGUCCUAUACUGACGCCGAAAGCACGCUGGAAAAGAAUGUGAAGGCAUUCAUGGCCGACCCAGACUGCGGCACCGAUGCUUAUAUUUAUAAGCGUGACCUGGAAGGUCUUGAGUUUGUGGAUAUGUCUGCAGAUGCCUUCAAUCACUCGUCGAGACUCGAGCGCCGCUUUAACACCAAACCUUAUGAGGCUAUGCAUAAUCUCGUUCUUGAUCUCGGGUUCUACUCGACUGGCAGUGCGGCUGACCUGGAGAUCUGGAAUAAACAUGUUGUUUCUGAAUACCCGGAUCUCACUAUUAAAAACAUGCACAAUUGGCUGAAUAGUGAUCUAAAGUGGCGAAAACAGGGCGAAAUCAGAACUGCCGAUAAGAUCAUUUGUGACAUGGCCAUUUUCAACGCCAAAUUUGGAGGCAAAUCAAAAGCUAUCAGUUGCGCUUGUACUUCCCGAAGUUGCUGUACCAGUGACGACCCCGGCCUCUGCGCUGGAGAAGAUCUGGAUGGGAAUGCGGUAGCGGACCCUGAGAAGAGGGACUUGUCCAAGAGAGCAGGCCCACGCGAUUACGAGGUAGAGUUACCAAACGGAAUUAGAGUUGAAUUCCGCUCUGUGACUUAUCCAAGCAGGGGAGAUUGGGCCAUAGGAAAUCCUAUUUGGUCUAUGGCAUUUGAAUAUGAAGAUGACGAUGACUGUUUAAAUGCAGAUAUUGCCACUGCUGUGGUCACAGUACCUGCGGGCAGAGAAGAUUAUGAUGUGGAACAUAUUCUUGAAUUGAACACCAUCCCAGAAUUCCUGGAAGAUGCAGCCAACGGCGUGUUACCCACAGGAACAAUCCUAGAAACCUUCGGCUCCCUUCAGAUUACGAAUAAUGUGGAUUUUGUUGUUCUCAUUAAGGCUUUGAAUGGCUUGAAAUCACGAAUCUGGCGUUCGGAUGUUUACCACGGAGACAUGGGGAGCUUUAUUGACCAGGAUACCUAUAAAGACGCUCUUCAAAGAAUCCGAUCGGUCAUAUCCGUUUUUCAUUACCUCAAUGAUCGUCGAGUUCAUUCUCGCAUGGUCCAUGCUGCUAACCUGGUACGCUCUGAGCUUGCAUUAGCUGACCAAGAAUGGAUGUCAAUGGCUGGCUACAAUCCUCGCGGCCAGGACUGGUGGGACCAAUGGUUUAGGGAACAGAUGAGAUUUAUUGGACAGGAAGCCAGAAACUGGGUCAAUCACUGGAUCAGUGAAAUGCGAAAAUUUUGGGCUGUAAGGACCGGGAGGGAUGCGACAUAUGUCAAUGAGGUUCUGGACUCAUAUAAACGUCUUGCAUCUGACAUGGAUAUCGACCUGCAGGGCCUUGAGGGCAACGGAUAA